UUAGAAUACCCGUGAUGGCAGCGACUGCAAAGACUUCAAGCUGCAGGGUUGAACUCUUGUCCUGAAAGCGGUCUGUCAUCAGAUGUUAACUCUCUGGUUCAGAGAGGUGACCUUUCUGCCACCUUGAGGCAACAAGAACUUCUUCACCUCUGAUACUUAUCCCUCAAGAAGCUCUUUCCGUCCAAAUGGAUGAAGAAACUGCUACAGAUUCCUCCCCUGGGGACGCAGUGUCUUCCAGAGACCCGGGGGAGUUCGACGAGGAUGAAGAAAUUCACGACUCUCAUCGACCAUCUCCCGAUCUGGGAGAGACCCCUAUGGACACCCUGGUUUGGUAUCAUGUGGACCAGGCGUUGGCUCCAGCUCAGAGCUACACAUCGAUGUCUAGUCAAGGGGAAUCUGAUGUGGAUGGAGACAGUGAAUCCAUUACAGGGGUGAAGCUGGACAGAACCGGUUCGUUCUCCAGCUGCUACUCUUAUGACAGCGAUGACUGUGAGAAGAAAACAAGCAAGUCUAGAAGUUCAGAUGACUCCUCAGAGAGCCCUAAAACAAAUGAGUUAACCCUGGACGAGAACGAGUUCAAGCAUCCGUCUUUAACAGUGGCUUUCACUUUCACGGCUAUAUCUGACACCCUUAGGAAGCUGUCAGACUUGGAAUAUUUUUUCAAGAGGGAACUGUGGCUUCACUUCCCACAAAAGUUCAACAUGGACAUGGAUGUGGUGAGCGUUGUGGACAAGCUGCUUGAGUCCUUCAGCCUUGAAAAGUCUCUGCGGAUUGUUAAAGCCAUUCUUAUAAAAAUUGAGAGGAACAAGUUGGUCCAGUAUCUCCAGGCUAGAUGUACAAGAAAUGAAGUCCGCUACGAGUUAAAGAAGUUUCUGAAGGAAAAAUACUCUGAUCUCUUUAAAGACGGGACAUCCGAUGAUGGCGAGAAGCCAUCUUUUAGCGAUGUCUUCACAGAUCUUUACAUAUCAUCCAACAGCCACAACGGUCCGAACAUCGAACACGAGGUUCUUACCAUUCCGAAGCUGAACACCAAUGAUGAACCAGGCACUCCCAUUUCUCUUAAAGACCUGUUGAACCCUGGCAAGCUGUAUGAAAUCAGAUCAAAUGUAAUUAUGCUCCAUGGAGCGGCAGGUUCUGGAAAAUCCAUGGCCAUCAAGAAGCUAAUCCAUGAUUGGGUUGAAGACCAGUCAGACACUAGUUUGAACCUUCUGAUUCCCAUAGCUUUCACAGAACUGAAGCAGUUUGAGGGCUCUAGAAUGUCUUUCCUGGAAGUACUGCACACUCUCUACCCUCCAACACAAAGGAUCACUGAGAAGGACUUGGGUUGCACGGACUGCAAAACGCUUUUCCUCUUCGAUGGCUUAGAUGAGCAUGAGGGGUGUAAGGCAUUCAACUUCAACAGCACCGAGCUCGUGUUUAGCAGCACCCACAAGGUCAGUUUGCACGGCAUUGUGGUCAACGUUCUCCGAGGUAAGGUGUUAGAAGGCGGCGUUGCUUUGGUGACGACGAGGCCAAUGAUGACUUCUACCACACCUUGGGAUUGCCAUCAUCACAAGAUAGAAAUGCUGGGGUUCACUGGCGACCACAGGGACGAGUUCUUCAGGAAGAGGUUUAAAGACGCCACUCGGGCUGAGCGUGUUAUCGAGUAUGUCAAGUCUUCCAAAACCCUGUACGCCAUGUGUCACCUGCCCUUGUUUUGUUCUUUAGUGGCCGAUGAGUGCCAGCACGUAUUCAGGGAGAGGGGAACCCAGGCAGAGCUGCGCAGAAGCAUCACCUACAUGUACACAAAACUGCUCCUAAGUCUCAUCCGCGAGCGCCGGAAAUCUAGAGCACCGGACCGCAGUCCGGAACAGGAGAGGGAGUUUCUCAUGACACAUGGAAAGGUGGCAUGGAACAUGUUAGAGGAAUUUUCCUUUAAGAGAGUCAAACCUUACUUUUCAAGUGAGAAGAUCUUUAAUAUCGAAUCGGUGACCUACAGUGGCCUGGUCAUAGAAUACACGGUGACGCCAGCUGUGUUGUUAAAUGAGCAAGCCUUCAGCUUUCUCCACCCAACCGUGCAGGAGUACCUCGCAGCUCUUUAUGCAUAUCUGUCUCAUCAACACGAUAAAGACAUUUUUGAGUCUAAAUCUUUUCACGGAAAGAUUAAGGGCUUCCUUAAGCAGCAAAAGGCGGAUCUGUUCGUGUGGGCCGUGGAGAAAAGCCUGGAGUUUGAGGACGGCAGGUUUGACAUGUUUCUGCGUUUCCUGUGUGGAAUGGAGCUUAAAGCAAACCAAGAUCUUCUCCAAAGCUUCUGCAGGUCUGAAAACCACAUCCAAAGUACAGCGGAUUUCAUCAGGAAAAAGAUCAAAGAGAAUCGGCAUCCUAACAGAAUCAACAACUUCAAACAAUGCUUGGAGGAAAUGGGUGUGUCAAUUUAGUAUCGAUAAAUCUGAUUUGGAAAACCAAAACAACUCCCCUGACAUUGAGAAGUAAAGACUGAACUUAAAACAAAUCCUUACUGAAGAUGUUUAGGGCUGAUGCAAAAAUGAAAGUGUCCCCAUCAAAACCUGGUUUACGACGAGAUUUCAGCAAUAUACUUUUAAGGUACUGUAGGUUGUCUUUAUGGAAUUUUUAUUUUAUUUACUGUGUGCUUGAGAUUUAUUUUCUUUAAACGAAGAAUAGAAUGCAGGAAACUUUUACCUUAAUAUAACUUGACCAUAAAAAUCAGUUCACUUAAAUUGACUCCAAUCAAAACUAAGUCCACAGAAAUCAGACUAAAGUAAUGUUCAGUUUGUUUGCAUCUUCUCCGUCUACGGGCUCUUUAAGAGCUCAGCAUAAGGACUUUUUAGCUGCUAUGUGGCAACAACGUUUACAUGUGCAAUUACUUAAUGUAGUCCUUCAGAUUUUGCAGUCUUCACAUGCACACAAACAAAAUGUUAACAGCACUAAGCCCUCAAAAAUAAAAUCCAGUCACUUUACUGAACCUGGGAUCUUAGAAUUGAUGAUGAAUGCAUCGUCCAGAGAGUCAAAGGGCUGCCAGUUUGGUAAAAACAGACGCAUGCUCAUUUUAAAGCACAGGUGUCCUGGGGUGGAAGAUGUUAUUGCUAGAAUACUAACGUUACAGGUUUACUGGAAAUAUUGACUACAACAGAAAAUGCCAGAGCAGAUACUAAAGUUUUGUUUUCUUCCAGAUGACUUGCAUGCUUAAUUAGUUUAAAGCAAGAAAUGGGAUGUAAGGAACGAACCUGUAAACCUGAACCUCAAUUUCAAUGUUUGCUAUUUUUUGCUUUCUUACUUUAUGCAGUUACAUCAUGUGUAUAUGUACACUAAAGCGUGAAGGUGAAUAAAUCUCAGUUUGAAAAAGAUGAAUUUUAUAAACAUA